GCCGAGGACGUGCUGCCGCGUCCUCGCUGGCUCACUGGGCGGCGGUGGAGCUUGUGUAAGUCUCUGAGGUUUCUACUGGCUCGGAAUUCGACUAGUGUAUGCCUGGCUGGAUCGUGAGGCCGGCGUCUUCGAGGACGCGGCGUGGAGGGGAACGGCAGCCGGAGACCGGCUGGGCACCCCUUUCGGAAGCUGGACAGUCCCGGCUUCGCGGGUGUCGCUUCUCGGCCAGCGGCGGGGAUCAUGGCUUCGCUGGCGGACCGAGUACGGGGCAAUGGGCGAAUAGCUGCUGGGCUCCUGUUCAACCUGCUAGUGUCCAUUUGCAUCGUGUUCCUCAAUAAAUGGAUCUAUGUGCAUCACGGCUUUCCCAACAUAAGCCUGACCCUGGUGCACUUCAUGGUUACUUGGCUGGGCUUGUACAUCUGCCAGAAGCUGGACAUCUUUGCUCCCAAAACUCUGCCUCCCACCAAACUCCUCCUCCUGGCCCUCAGCUUCUGUGGCUUUGUGGUCUUCACCAACCUCUCUCUGCAGAACAACACCAUAGGCACCUAUCAGCUGGCCAAGGCCAUGACAACGCCGGUGAUCAUAGCCAUCCAGACCUUCUGCUACCAGAAAAGCUUCUCCACAAGGAUAAAGCUCACGCUGAUUCCUAUAACAUUAGGUGUAAUCCUAAAUUCUUAUUACGAUGUGAAGUUUAAUUUCCUUGGAAUGGUGUUUGCUGCUCUUGGUGUUUUAGUUACAUCCCUUUAUCAAGUGUGGGUAGGAGCCAAACAGCAUGAAUUACAAGUAAAUUCAAUGCAGCUGCUGUACUACCAGGCUCCAAUGUCAUCUGCCAUGUUGCUGGUUGUUGUGCCCUUCUUUGAGCCAGUGUUUGGAGAGGGAGGAAUAUUUGGUCCCUGGUCACCUUCUGCUUUGCUUAUGGUGCUGCUAUCUGGAGUAAUAGCUUUCAUGGUGAACUUAUCCAUUUAUUGGAUCAUUGGGAACACUUCACCAGUCACCUAUAACAUGUUUGGACACUUCAAAUUCUGCAUUACAUUAUGUGGAGGAUAUGUUUUAUUUAAAGAUCCACUAUCAAUUAAUCAGGGUCUUGGCAUUUUAUGUACAUUAUUUGGCAUUCUUGCCUAUACCCACUUUAAACUCAGUGAACAGGAGGGAAGUAAAAGUAAACUGGUACAACGUCCUUAAGAUUUUGUGGAGAAAAGAAAAUCGCCCCCAAGAAGACAAAGAACACUCAAAGUGUGGAAGUUACUUUCAAAAAAGAAAAAAAGAAUUACAGUGCAAAAUUCAUGGAGUGGUUUACAAAAAGCAAUACAAAUUUUAUUCAUUGGUAUGACUAUUUUUAGUACCUUUCUUUUGAACUUAAUUUUCUAAAACCAAAAUGGCUUAUGCUUCUUUUCAAAGAUGAUUAUGUGGAAUAUAUAGAAUGGUUUGGUUAUACCAAAUAGAUGAAAAUAAAAUUUCUGUAAUAAUGACAAAGGAAUUUGUAUUCUAGCACUGCAGACCUUCUGUAGCUUUUCAGUGUUCAUGUUCUUCUGAGGAAGGACACAUGGGACUCCUCUACUUGCUAGUAGAUGUUUUCCCAAUGUGAGAUUUAUUGUAAUUUUGGUCAGAGGGCUUAAGGGGUUCUGGGGAUCAAACUCAGUGCCUCAUACUUGCUAGACAAGUGCUGCACCACUGAGCUACAUCCCCAGCCCAGUCCUCAAAUUAGAACUUAAAUCUAGCAUUUCUGUUUUAAUUGACUUAGUGCAACAUUUUAAUUACUUCAUUUCUGGAAAUGAAGUGUUUAUAGAAAGCAAAAUAUAAUGGAGAAAAUGACAAUAAAACCAAAUCAAGUUAUAAAAGUACUUCUUUUCUAGUAGAAAACUGAUAAAAGAAGUCAUGUAUUUUCAGGCCAGAAAUAUGUGCCUAUAGGCAUGGCUGCUCAAGAGGCUAUAGCAUGAGGGUCAUUUGAGCACAGGAAUUUGAGGCCAGCUAUGACAACAUUGGGAGACUGUAUCUUUAAAAAAAAUAAAAAGAAAAAAGGGCAUACAUUAAGGAAACUUAUCUUCUCUAGUUUUUGAACUUUCAGUAAACUCUAGAAAUUAUUGUGGAGUUAAAAAAAUUAAUAGUAGGACUGGGGCUUUAGCUUGGUGGUCAAGCACUUGCCUCGCAUGUGUGAGACACUGGGUUUGAUCCUCAACACCACAUAAAAAUGAAUAAUUUUUAUAGAAAUAUUGUGUCCAUCUAUAACUAAAGAGAACUUAAAAAAUAAUAAUAAAACCCAUAUUUAAAUGGCUCAAAUAAAAGAUCAUAGGCUCCCUGUAGUCUGCAGAAAGCCCUGGGUUCAAUCCACACACACACACACACACACACAGGAAAAAAAAAAUCACAAAACUGAGUAGUUUUCCUGAUAACUGCUACCGAGGCCUCAUUGAGCAUUUAUUUCAUAUUGGUAAUUUCAUAACACCACCUCACUCCCUAUCUCCUACAUAAGCAGCAGCCAUGGAACUUUGUUCAUUGAAAAUUUGGAGUGAAUUAUGUCCUGCCUCUAAUAUGACCAAGUUUCAUUUUUAUGCAGCAAGUGAGGAUAAAUGCUGUUUAAAUACUAGGCACAAACUAGUAAAAAUAUGAGGAAACAUUUUAAAGAAAAAUAGUUAAUAUUUAGUUCUUUUUUCUAAAGGAAUACUUUUUAAAAUUCAGGUAUUGGGGAAAUAUAUGAUUUCCACUUGAACAAAUAUAGUACCACAUACUUAAUUAUGAAGUGUAUUCCUGCCUUCCAAUGUCUUGACAUUUGAGCAUUAAAAGCAGUUGUCGAUGAUCUCACAAUAAAUUGAGAUAGAUCAUUCUUCUUAUAAAAAAUAAUUCUUUUUCUAAACAUUAUUUAUAAAUUUUCUGUGAGAAGGUAACUUAAAGACAAAGAAUACAUAUGUACAGUAUACCUUCAGUAAGAUGAUAAAUUUUAUGUUAAUGUUUUUACUACAACAAAAAAAUACAGAUUUUUUGGAUUAUUUUUUCUGGUCCAUUCAGAAUAAAAAACCUCACCAAAAACCUAUUUUGAAAAGUUUCUGUUGAUCUGUUGUAUGAUUAGAAUAUGUGGUGUUCUGUUUUUGUCUUAAAUAUUUUUUGGCUUUCCUCAUUUUACAGAUAUAUUUUAUUGUGCUAAGAAGUACAGAGCACUUCAAUCAUUACCACAUGAACCUUGGGUAUUAUAUUUGUCUAAGAAGUGUUCUCAUUGUGGGUUUAAAUGAACAUAAAUUAUAUUCCAAAAGAUGAAGAAAAGUAUUUUAUUACGGUGAGGAAUAUUUAAUUUCUGUGCACUAAGAACAACUGAAUUUUGAUAUGUGCCAUGUACAAGUUUUUUAUCUACAAAUAAACUGGGAACAGAGUAAAUGUGUGAGGUUGUAAUAAAUGGUGUUGGUAGGAAUGCAGUGACAAAGAGCACGAAAGGUGAAGGAUACGUGUAUAUAAAUGAAUAAAAUAUGUACCACUAGAA